UAUUUUAGAUUUCGCUUUGUGUUUCCGCCGACACGCCACGCCCCCCCAAAAAACGCCAUGAAGCGCUGACAUUGUGACGUCACUCAGGUAACGUGACCACCUGGGCUACUGUGAACAUCGCUGUUCCAGAAUUUGGCAACUUGAAAUGUAUAAAUUAGCCUACCCUACCUUUAUUUCAUGUCAAUGUGAGGAAGAAAAGGUGUUUUUAUGUUCAAAUUUUCUUUCAUGUUUUUGCAUGCGUCGUGAAAACACAAGAUAGGCUGCAUUUUCGAUUAUCACGCUGCUCUGAGAUGGUAAAGGGAGUAGAUGAGGAGGAGGAGGACAUUAGACUGGAGCAGGGCGGCGCUUUGUGCUCCUGCGGGAUCCUUCCUGCACCCUAGAAAGAGCGAAAGUUCAGAGCAGAAGCAGAAGAGCACUAAACAAACCCGACUGCUAGUGUUAAACACAUUCAGCUGUCUGUCCUGCAGCGCGCGCCUGGAUGUGGCUAGUUGUGUGGAAAUACUUUCUUACUCAAGAACAUAUGGAUGAAGCUCAAAGUGGAAAGGAAUUGCCUUGAGGAAAGUUGUGUGAUUUAAUUAAAGAUGCUCUGGGUUUGUUCCUGCGCGCUCCUGCUGCUGCUGGAGAAUGCCGUGACCGCGCCUGCGUGGAGAAAAGCCACGGUGGCUAGUAUAGUAGUGAAUAAAGCGUGUGUGCAGACAGCAGCAGCUGUGGAAGAGAGAUCUCAUCCAGGUCAGGUCCGAUCCAAGCGCUAUGCCAUCAACCCACUGGGAUACAAGUGGGAGCAUUUCAACAUCACCUACAAGAUCACAAAGUUCCCCAACACACUGAAUAAAGAUGACACCCGCAAAGCUAUCAGCAUCGCCUUCACGAAAUGGAGCGAUGUUUCUCCUCUGACUUUCACUGAGAUCACCAACCCCAACAAAAGUGCUGACAUCACUAUAGGCUUCUACACGUACAAUCACACAGAUUGUUGGUGGUCUCCUCUGCACCCGUGUUUUGACGGGCUGAACGGUGAGCUGGCCCACGCCUUCCUUCCCCCACGAGGAGAGAUUCACUUUGACAACCAUGAAUUCUGGAUUCUGGGCAAAUCCCGCUUCAGCUGGAAACAAGGUGUGUGGCUGAAUGACCUGGUCCAGGUCGCUGCUCAUGAAAUCGGUCACGCUUUAGGCCUCUGGCAUUCACGGGACCCGAAUGCAUUGAUGCACCCUAAUGCAACGUACACGGGUCAGAGGAACAUCGCUCAAGAUGAUAUCUGGGGCAUCCAGCGCCUUUACGGAUGCAUGGACAAGAAGCGAGUGUGUGAUCCUUGGGCGCGCUUGGGUUUCUGUGAGAGGAGGCGGAGCUUCAUGAAGAAGAACUGCCCGCUGCGCUGUGACCUUUGCUACGAGCCUCUGGACGCUGUGUCUACACCGACUCCUCCUCCUGAAAAUGUGAAGAUCAAAACUGUGCCUCGUGGAAAAGUUGUGGGCUUCCGCUGUGGGACAAAAAACACCAGAGUGCCUCCAAAAGUCAGCUGGUAUAAAGACGGGGAGCAGUUGCUGACAUCCAUUCCUGGCUAUAUUGUAAUUAAGGAUCGAGACCUGCGGCUCGUGGCCAAUGAAUUCAAUGAAGGCACGUACACCUGCCGCAUCCAUCGGCGCGGUAAUGUCGUCUCUGCCAACUCAUGGGCCAUCCGGCUGAAGCCAGAACAGUCGUUCAACAACAGCUGAAGGAGCGAUGCUGAUGUACUGAUCUCACGCUCUACCUCCAGGGCUCUCCUCCGCUGCGGCACACACAGCUCAGAGUCAUAAUGACCGAGUCGGGGUUUCCAACCUUCAUAACGCUGAGAUCCAAGACAAUCUUUGGAAGGACCACCUGUUUUCUUAUGUACUUCGGCUGCAGUGAUGAAAAAGGUGCUUUUUUAUUAUAAGGUAAACAUCACUUCUGAGGUAUGAUAUUUGAUUUCGAAGAUGCUUAAAAAAUCUCUGAAGGUUAAAAACUAAUUGCAAAAAAAAUCUAAAUCUUCACAAUGCAUGUGAAGUCCCCAGUUUUUUAGUAUCCUUGACUUGAGUGUUUUUAAGGGCUGUUCACACCAUGGGACUAGAACAACAAUAACUGUUAGUUAAUAACUGUAAGACCACACCACAACUAUGAAAAUAACAACUGAAGUGAAAAAGUUUGUUUGUUUAGCACUUUGAAAAAAAAAUGUUUUAAAGCAGCUUUACAGAAAAAAAAAUUGUGAUGUUACUGUUUAUGGCGUCUUAUAUUCAGGCCUAAUAGUUGCAUUUAGCAGAUCACAGCUGGGCAAUUUUAUACAUAGAAAAAGAAGAAUAUCAAGCACUUUAGAUUUGUUACAUAGUACGUUUGUGGAUGAAGAUGGAUAUUACCAUUUAUAACUUUAUAAACAACUUUUAUAAACCCCUGUGGCUGUGGACACUCAUAUAAUAAUGGCUCGUGGUGUGAAUGGGCCUUUAGCAUGUUAACUGUAAAAUUAUUUUAGUUUAGAUUAAGUUGGUUUUGGUGGCCCUUGUUGAAGUUUACUGAAGUAAAGUAAAGUGCCCAAUUUGAAAAGCACUUCAAGGCAGGUGUGACUCUCAGAUAUGAGAAUAAGAGCUUAUAAAAAAUUCAUUCUAGAAAAAUUAAUUCAAGAAAGAACUAGUAAUAGAAAUGUGAAAGCAGAAAUGUAGCUUGAAAUAUGAAACAUCUGCAUCUGAUGUCAAGGCCAUUUAACUAUUCAACAGUGGUAGGUAAAUGUUAGUUGUUUUUUUAAAUUCAACUUUUUCUAAAAUCAUAUGUUAUUGGACAUUAAAGGUGCUGUAUUAUA